CAAUCAGCUGAGAGAACUCAGGCAGUGGCUUCAGGUCCAAGUGAUGCUGCUGCAGCUUCGUCUCCAUGGAAACGGACAAUGAGAUCAGCGUGAAGAUGAACUGGGCUCGAACCAGUCUGUCCAGUUCAGUUCAUUCUGCUAAUCUGACCAUCAAACUGAUCAAUAAUCUGACAAUCAGCAAAUAGAUUCAUCAGCCAAUCAGGAUCAAUCGACAGCCUGACAAAUUAAACUGAUCUUUAAUGAAGCCAUUUCAUCUCCUGGCUCCUGAUAGGCUCGCGCCUCUGGUCCCUCUGUGACGUCACUUCCUGUUAUGUGUUCAGGUCCUGUGACCAACGCCGUCAUCAUGGCCGUCUCAGCUAACAUGUUCCUGCCGGACAGUCGGCCCGCCGUCCCGCUGCCGCGCUUCAGCCGACACCUGCAGGCUCCUGAGGGCCCCGAUGCCGAGGGGGGCGGGGCCUGGGUCCGCCCCGCCCUCCAUACACAGGAGGAGGAGGAGUCGUACCUGCAGAAGGCUGACAGGUUGUACUCCCUGAUGCACGCUGUGAGCGACAAGGCGCUCUGCGGUGAUGGUGAGAACUCGGCGCUGCGAGUCGCUGAGCUGGAGGAGGAAGUCCAGACACUGAAGAAGGUCAACAAAGAUCUGUUUGAGUUUUCAUCUCAGCUGCUCACCAAGCCCACAUGAGCACUUCCUGUCCUACAAAAUAAAAGCCCCGUUUUGUAUCAGC